AUGGAGAACAUCUUCAAAAAACCUGCAAAAUACCCGUCUAGGUCUUCUCAACAUGCUUCCCAUUUGCGUCCAUCAGCGGGAAUGGGAUCGUCAAGCCGAUCUGGAGGACGGCGACCCCCCGACGAUCCCCACGUUGGAAAAUAUAAAUUACUCAAAACCAUCGGUAAAGGGAAUUUCGCCAAGGUCAAAUUAGCCAAACAUACAAUUACGGGUCAAGAAGUUGCUAUUAAAAUCAUCGAUAAGACUGCAUUAAAUCCCAGCAGUUUACAAAAG